GCGAGCGUGUUCUGGGUAGCGCGCGCCGCCAGUCGAGGUCCGAUCGCCGCGAACUUCACACGAACGAAUCCAGCAACAGCAGCAGCCAUGGUGUACGAGAGCGACUUCUACACGACGCGCCGCCCCUAUCGGCCCAGCAGCUACAGCGUCACGCCGCUGACGUCGGUCUACUACCUAUCGCCACUAGUGUCGUAUUACAAUACGCCGUACGUCACGUACAUACCAAAGUUGUCACAGGCUGAGUUAAUCUACCGGCCGCAGUCGCGCGCACUGACCCGACUCGCCACGUACCCCGAGCCACCCCAUCACGUGGUGCGAGUGCGCGUGCGCCCCUCCGUCAUCCUGCGCGAGCUCGACCGCAUCGCAUACCGCCGCCGCCCCGCGCUCGCCGUCUCCGCUGUUGAUGACUUCUUCCGCUCUGAAUCUACGAAGCUGUUCGAGGAUGAGACCCGUCGCAUCCGCGCAGACACCGCGGCGCUGCUGCACCGCGCACGCUCUGUCGUGCCGCGUGCCAAGUCCCUUGCACCACUUGACACCAUCUACUCGUACUCCUACGGCGAACCUAUUCCUUACCGCUUCAGCAACGACGCGUACGUAGCAAAACUACUGCUUCCCCUCCGCAGCGUGUCCGACAGUAUCCACAACAUGUCCUACUACAAUGAGCCCGCUAAGAAGUUCACAGGUACCGGCUCAGGACGUGGUCACCUCGCGUGCGUGCACUACUCGGGCAAUAGGGCCUUCUCCAAUCGCCGGCCGCUCUACAAGGAGCUCAGCAUCAGAGACGACGUAAACCUGCUCUCGUUUUAUGCGAAGAAUAGGCUCGCAGCCGCCGGCUUGGAGGGCGAAAAAGCCACAGUGAAGCUGCUGCCGUGGAGGCCAAGCCGCAAGUUCCAGGCGCCGUCAAUGAUGGAGGACCCUGAGUUAGAGCUAAAAGCAGCGAAGGCAGAUCGUGCGGCUCGCUUCAGGGCUACUACAGCGGAGCCGGUCCUUGCACCAGCAGCUGACUUGGCCGAAAUCAAGAGGAAAAGGCAGGAAGAGGCUCGUGCCGCUGAAGAAAAGGCUCUAAAAGAAGAGGCAAAACGUGAAUUAGAACGCAAGGCUCAGGCGGAAAGAGAGGCUGCUGAAAAAAAGAGAGUGGAGGAAGAAGCACGAAAAGCUGAAGAAGCCAAACGCAAAGCUGAAGAAGAAGCUAGGAUAGCUGAAGAAGAAGCAAGAAAAGCGGAAGAGGCUAGGAAAGCCGCUGAAGAAGCCAAACGAGCGGAAGAAGCUAGAUUAGCAGAAGAAGCCAGAAAAGCCGAAGAAGCAAGGUUAGCAGAGGAAGCAAGACUAGCAGAGGAAGCUCGGCUAGCAGAGGAAGCUCGCCUUGCAGAAGAAGCCCGAUUGGCUGAAGAAGCCAGACUCGCCGAAGAAGCUCGAUUAGCUGAGGAAGCACGACUCGCUGAAGAAGCCAGAUUAGCAGAGGAAGCGAAACACGCUGAAGAAGCACGCUUAGCUGAAGAGGAGCGACUAGCUGAACAGAGGAGGCAAGAGGAACUGGCUCGCUUAGAAGAAUUGGAAAGACAAGCACAAGAAGAACGCGAAGCAGAAUUAGCAAGACAGGCUGCAGAAUUGGCUGAAAUUGCUAGACAAGAAUCUGAGCUGGCUGCACAGCGCCUGGAAGAACUAUCACACAGUGCCUCUGGUGACAAUGUUGCUGAGGUAGAAGCAAGCGAUAUACCUGAAGUGGAAUCACAACCGAUUGUGGAGGAGCCAGAGAGUCCGGAGAUCAUAACUGACGCUGUGCCAGAACAAACCGAAGCUGUGGCGGAAGUCAGUGAAGAUGAACAAGCUGAACCUGAUGUUACGGACGAAGAAUAAACCAUCUAUCACUUAAAUAUUAAUUUAUUUAGAGCGAGUUACGAAAGAAUAGUGUUGAUUUUGUCCUGUGUGAUUGAAAUGUUUAGAACUUAAUUUAAAGAGAAACGUAAUUUUU